UUGGGCCAUGCAGCGCAACGAUGGCUUUGUCUACUGUUACGGAAACUUGUACAGCCUCCUGCUCUACUGGGGAUUGACCACAAUCCGGGUGAGAAGUCCUGAUCGUGGAGGAGCGGUCUCAAACAGGUGGACUGUGUGCUAUGCCCAGUUCGCGCGCUGCUUUAUGAUUGUCUGCUUUAUGGCUAGCGUGAUGACGAAGCUCAGGGAUCCCGAAAUGUUCGCUGUCAUGUUUGGACACCUCAGCCCGGUGGUCAAGGCGAUAUUCACCUGGGAGUGCCUCAGCUGCUCAAUCACCUACAUAGAGUACUGCCUUUCGCUGGACUUGCAUAGGGAGAGACACAUGCAACUCCUAGCGAAAAUGCAAGAGUUUGAUCAGUCCAUUUUAGUGGUGUUCCCUCACGUACAGUGGAACUAUCAACGCGCACGACUUAAAUAUUGGUAUGGCACUACGAUUGUCGGCUUUUGCUUUCUCGCCUUUUCCAUCUCACUGAUCUUUGAUACAACGCGUUGCACCUGCGGCAUACCGUCCACCGUGCUGUUGGCCUUCACCUACUCCCUGCUGACCAGUUCCGUAGGAUUGCUGGGAUUCGUGCACAUAGGUAUCAUAGACUUUCUAAGAGUUCGUUUGCGUCUGGUGCAGCAGCUACUUCACCAACUUUACCAAGCGGUUGAAAGUCCAGAGGUCCACGACAGGAUUGCUUAUCUUUUCGGCAUGUCCAAACACUGUUCGUUUCUUCUGGCGGAGCUUAAUGGAGUUUUUGGAUUCGCCGCAGCUGCUGGUAUCUUCUACGAUUUCACUAUCAUGACCUGCUUCGUCUACGUCAUCUGCCAAAAGCUGCUGGGCAGAGAGCCCUGGGACCUGGAGUACGCCUGCAUGUUGCUGCACGUGACCAUGCACACCUACAAAGUGGUCGUCACUGGCGCCUAUGGGUAUCUACUUCAGCGAGAGAAACGCAACUGUAUGCAUUUGUUAAGCCAAUACUCGCAACACUUCUCCAACCAGGAUGUGGCUCGCUGGCAGACGGAGGACUUUCAGCAUUGGCGCAUGCACAAUCGGCAGGGGGCAAUGGUGGGCAGCACAACAUUACUCAAUAUUUCUACCAUCUACGUGGUGUACAACGCCAUGGCCAACUACGUGAUUAUCCUGGUGCAGCUGCUCUUUCAACAACAACAAAUCAAGGAUCGCCAGUUGACAUCGGGCAAAGAUGUGGACAUUGUGGGCCCAAUGGGACCCAUUACUCACAUGAAUUGA